ACCGAAGGAAAGUAAAGCCAGUGCACAUCACAGACGUCAGUACAACUGGUGUUCAGUUAUCAGUGGGAAGUGAUGGCUACGCAAGAUGAGGUUGGAAUUGGUGAUUUCGUCCUUUUGGACGAAAUCACCAUGGAAACUUUUAUGGAAAACCUUAAAAGAAGAUUUCAAGGUGGAAAGAUAUACAGCUAUAUAGGAGAAGUGUGCAUUUCUGUCAAUCCAUACCGAACUAUGAAUAUUUAUGGGCAAGAAUAUAUCACUCAGUAUAAAGGAAGAGAAUUCUUUGAAAAUCCACCCCAUAUAUUUGCAAUAGCAGAUGCAGCUCAUAAAGAAAUGAAGCAACAGGGACGUGAUACGUGUAUAGUUAUUAGUGGUGAGUCAGGAAGUGGAAAGACAGAAGCCUCAAAAAUAAUAAUGAAGUAUAUAGCUGCAGUGACCAAUUUAGGUGGUCGGCAGGAAGUUGAGAGAGUGAAAAAUGUUCUUCUCCAGUCAAAUGCAAUUCUUGAAGCAUUUGGAAAUGCAAAAACGAAUAGGAAUGACAAUUCCUCCAGGUUUGGAAAGUACAUGGACAUAAACUUUGAUUUCAAAGGAGAUCCAGUGGGAGGCCACAUUAAUAAUUACUUAUUAGAAAAGUCAAGAGUAAUUUUACAACAGAAAGGAGAAAGAAAUUUUCAUAGUUUUUACCAGUUGCUUGGAGGUGCAAGUGAACCAGAGCUUAAGGAAUUCCAGCUCAGUCGUGACCCCGGAAACUAUUUUUACACUCGACAAGGAAAUGCUUCAAAAGUAGAGGCAAUCAGUGAUAGGUCAGAUUACAAAGCAACUGUUGGAGCGUUCAAAACAUUGGGGUUUUCCAGUGCUGAAACAGAUACAGUCUGGAAAAUUGUGGCAGCAAUUCUUCAUUUGGGUAAUGUGGAGUUUACUUCACAAGAUGAUAUUGCUCGGCCAGUAGACCAAGGAGCAGUAAGCCGUGUAGCAUCUAUGCUUAGUGUGGUACCAGCUGAGCUGACUAAGGCACUAAGUGAAAGGGUUAUAGCAGCUCGUGGGGAAGUCAUGCAGAAGACCCACAACCAGUCAGAAGCCGAAUAUGGCAGAGAUGCGUUAGCCAAGGCUGUGUAUGAUAGAUUAUUCACAUGGAUUGUGGGAAAAAUAAAUGAGACACUUGGUAGUGGUGAUCUUCAGAUGAAGAAAUCAUACAUGGGUACAGUGAUCGGUGUGCUAGACAUUUAUGGAUUUGAAAUAUUUGAUACAAACAGUUUUGAACAGUUUUGUAUUAAUUAUUGUAAUGAGAAGUUACAGCAACUCUUUAUUGAACUUGUUCUUAAGCAGGAACAAGAAGAGUACUGUCGUGAAGGAAUUGAGUGGAAGAACAUAGAGUACUUUAAUAACCAAAUCAUCUGUGACCUAGUGGAGCAACCACACAAAGGUGUUUUAGCAAUAUUAGAUGAGGCUUGCCUGACUGUUGGAAAGAUUACAGAUGAGAUGCUGCUGGAAGCUAUGGAUGAAAAACUGUCUAACCAUGAACAUUUCACAAGUCGCCAGCUAAAUCCAAUGGACAAGGAACUAAAGCAUAAAGUAGAGUUUCGCAUUAGGCAUUACGCAGGAGAUGUGGUGUAUAACAUCAUUGGUUUUCUUGACAAGAACAAAGAUACCUUGUUUCAAGAUUUCAAGCGACUUCUUUUCAACUCGUCUAAUAAGUUAAUUAGCAGCAUGUGGCCUGAAGGUGCAAUGGAUAUAACAAAGACAACCAAAAGGCCACUGACAGCAGGGACCUUGUUCAAAAACUCCAUGAUUGCUUUAGUGAAGACUCUGAAGAGCAAGGAACCAUUCUAUGUCCGGUGCAUUAAGCCAAACGAUGUGAAAUCUGCUAGUGUAUUUGACUCUGAGCGAGUGGAACACCAAGUGCGAUACCUCGGACUCUUGGAAAAUUGCAGAGUGCGCAGAGCAGGAUUCGCGCAUCGCCAGAGCUACACAAAGUUUCUUAAACGGUAUAAGAUGAUAUCACAUUAUACAUGGCCUAACUUCAGAGCUGGCACUGACAAAGAGGGGACACGAAUGCUCAUUGAUGAAAAGGGAUUUUCACAUGAUGUCAAAUAUGGGCACACAAAAAUAUUUAUUCGUUCACCCAGAACACUUUUUGCUUUGGAACAGGCAAGAAAUCAGCUAAUUCCAGGCAUUGUGAUCCUGCUUCAGAAACUGUGGCGUGGCACAAUAUGUAGGAUUCGUUACAGGAAGAUGAAAGCAGCACUAUGCAUAUUUAGGCACUACCGAAAGUACAAGAUCAGGAGCUACAUGAUCCAGUUGCAGACUGCCUUCAUGCAUGUGAAAUCACUGCGGGAUUAUGGAAAAACUAUUAUAUGGCCAUCACCACCAGUGGCUGUACGCCCUCUAGUGCCCCUUCUGAAAAAUAUUUACAGUCGUUGGAGAGCAUGGAUGAUCCUAAGGCCAAUUCCAAGAGAUGAAUGGCCACAGCUGAAGUUCAAGAUUAUAGCUGCAUCAGCACUGCGAGGGAAGCGUGCACACUGGGGGCAAACACGCAAGUGGGAAGGCAAUUAUCUUGCCCAGAGUAGUGAAAACCAGAAUGCCAAUCUUUUCAUGACAAGUGUUAAUAGCCUUCGUUCGUCAGACAGAUUCCAGAAGGUCCUAUUCUCAUCAUUCAUUCGCAAGACAAACAGGUUUAGCAAAUGCGCUGACAGAGCUUUGCUCGUAACUGAGAAUAUGCUGUACAAACUGGAAACAAAUAAGUUCAAACCAAUGCGAAAGGGCUCUUCAAUUUCAGAGGUAACUGGCCUGAGUGUUAGUCCUGGACGGGACCAGCUAAUAGUAAUACACUCCAACAAAGGCAAUGACCUUGUGGUGUCUUUACAGGCAAAUGAAGAUCGAAUUGGAGAACUGGUUGCCAUUCUAUGUUCUCGUUACCAUGAGUUACGUGGCAGUGAUCUGCCAGUUACAGUCAGCAGUAGCUUCCAGUGUAUGCUGGGCAACAAGAGCCUUCCUGUAAGGGUUGAAGUAUCUGCAGAUUCUCAAGCAGCAGACUUCAGACGUGAUGGCAGUGCUAUUGUUUACACCUUACCAUCCAGUUAUGCAUCAAUCAUGGAAAAUGGACAACAACAGAAGAUUGCAGCAUGAUAAUGACAGAUGAAAUUGGAGCAUGGAGGGUUAACUUGUAACGACAGUUUUGAUGCUUGUCACUCCACAGCAUCGAUGUACCUUCAAGCUACAAAUAAAUUAUUUAUUGUGCAACUGGUGUUUGAAACUAGGCAUCAUCAGCAAUCUUACACUGACACUAAUCACAUCCGAGCAUAUACUUGAUAGCAACUAUCAGUUUUUCUUUUCUGGAGAAACACUAAAAGUAGUUACCUAAUACAUGUUAUGCCAACAUAGAUGUGAUUAGUGCCAGUUUAGGUUCCUGAAGAUAAGUUGGUCCCAAACACUGGACAAGCAAUAAAUAAUUUGUAUACAGUUUAAGUUUUGUUAAAAAAGGCUUUUAUAAAGAUAAAUUGCAUAAAGAAUACUUUUUAUAUAAGAUGAUUCUUAUGUAUUGGCUGCAGUUAGUAUUCUCAGCUGGAGAAAUUUUCUUACUGCAAAGUUUGUUUCCCCUUUGCAGAACAAAGAUGUUGAACAGCAUGGUUUAUUAUUUAAAAGUGUUGUAGUAAAGUUGGGUGUUUUACAGUAGCUACCAGUUAUCUUAAAUUAAUCCUGUUAAAAAGUUACACAAUCAGUAGCUACCAGCUGACAAUCUUAAAUUAAUCCUGUUAAAAAGUUACACAAUACAUUUUGGGUGAGAAAUUUGAGCCUUUCCUUUCAUAUUUAUGUCAUAAAAUUAUUUCUGUGGCUUGUUACAUUGUUCAUCCUUCACGUGUGUGUGUGUGUGUGUGUGUGUGUGUGUGUGUGUGUGUGUGUGUGUGUGUGUGUGUGUGUGUGUGUGUGUACCUACAUGUUCUUUUUCCUUCUUCACUUUAAGUAUCGCUGGGGACUGAAGCAAAGUGCAAUAAUGUAGUUAAAUUUUUGUAGGACUUUGAUUU